AACAAAGAUUAAGCAUUCAAAGGAGAGAAAGUUAGGUCAAAAUGCAAGCCAUGAAAGAAACUGCAUCUAAUAUCAAGUCUGGUAUUGAAAAGACCAAAGCUGUUGCCCAAGAAAAGAUGACAGGAAAUAAGCCAAGUGAGGCAACAGAAGGCAAGACACACUCUUAUUCAACGAGUGGAGUUAGUGGAGAGCCAAGUGGUGCACAUCAGAUGUCAGCAUUGCCAGGGCAUGGAAGUGGACAACCAACAGGUGGAGAUGUGGUAGAAGGUGUGGUGCCUUCACACCCUAUUGGGAAGGCUACUGGAACACAGAGACCUUCUGUUGCUCAUAAUACACGUGUUGGUGCCACUGACGGUUCAUAUACUUAAUUACACACUUUUACCUUGUAGAUUUCAUUUCACAAGAAUGAUGUAUUCCUUUCUUUACUUUGUAGAUUUCAUUUCACAAGAAUGAUGUAUUCCUUUCUUUUAAGUCUCUCUCUAUUGAACACCUUUUAUCAUUUCAAA